AUGGGCUGGGAGUACGACAAUACCACUUAUACGGACAGUCUGGUCACGGAGUUCAACCUCGUCUGUGAUCACCAGCACUGGGUAGAAAUCUCUACAACCUCAUUUUAUGUGGGGAGCUUUAUCGGUAAUUUCCUCUUCGGAUACAUUGCUGACAAAUUUGGUCGACGUCGCAGUUUCUUCAUCAUUCUUACAUGCCUCGUUGUCUUUGGAACGAUAAAUGCUUUCGUCAAGAACAUUGAAUCCUUCAUAGUCAUGCGAUUUCUGACUGGACUGCCAUUCCCAGCGCUAUUCCAAAUUCCAUUCAUCAUUUGUAUGGAAUUCAUGGGUAAAUCCGGACGUAUCUUCUCGGGUCUUAUGAUUUCGCUAUUCUUCGGCGCAGCUAUGGCGCUUCUUGGUGUCUUGGCCAUGUUCAUCAGAAGGUGA